UUUUUCUGUCCUGAAUCUGCCAACAUUCAGUUUCCAUGGCCAACCCCUGCAUUUGUCAUUAUUUUGUUUAUUUAUAAAGCUGCUUUUUAGAUAAAAAUUAUGCUCAAAGCGGCUCGCAACAAUAGUAAAAGCAAAUAGUCAAUACAAAAUAUCAACAAUGUAAGAACCCUCCAAAACCCACAAGUUGGGCACGACCUUUAAUUGGGACCAACACAAUUCGCAUGUGUGGCAAAUCCAGAACAGCAUCACAAACAUUCCAGAAGCUGACACAAACGGUCCAAUUAAACACUUUUUUUCUGGGGGGGAAACACGAAUUCCUUUCCCGAGCAGCAUCUCCGCCUCCACUCCUUGGGCCGAGGCGGGGCGGGAGGCGGCCUCUCAUGGCAGUGGCGCGAACCGUUCAAGAUGGCCGCGGAGAAGCUGAGGAGCAAAGUGAGCGCUGCCUUCAAGAUGCACGGCUUGCUGCUCCGCGCUGAAGCUACCAAGUAUCUCACGGAAGCUCUUCAAACAGUUAAUGAAGUGGAGCUUGAAGAUAUGAUAGAAAAUAUAAUUGAUGCUGUUGAAAAACAGCCUUUGUCAUGUAACAUGAUUGAAAGGGCCAUGGUGGAAGCAGCAGUCCUGGAGUGCAGCCAGUCCUUAGAUGAAACCAUGGAUCAUAUUUUCAACAUUAUUGGAGCUUUUGAUAUCCCGCGAUAUGUUUACAAUUUUGAAAGAAAAAAGUUUCUACCCCUCUCAAUGACCAGCCAUCCUGCACCAAAUUUAUUUGGCCGUGCCAGGGAUAAAGCAGAAUUGUUCCGUGAGCGUUAUAUCAUCUUGCAGCAGAGAACCCACCGGCAUGAAUUGUUCACACCAUCAGCUAUUGGUUCACACCCAGAUGAAAGCAGAAGUAAAUUCCAGCUCAAGACAAUAGAAACUCUCUUGGGGAACUCAGCUAAAGUUAGGGAGGUUAUUGUUCUUGGGAUGAUAACCCAGCUGAAAGAGGGAAAGUUUUUCUUGGAAGAUCCUACAGGAGUUGUCCAGCUGGACCUUAGUAAAGCACAGUUCCACAGUGGCUUAUAUACAGAGUCAUGUUUUGUUUUAACAGAAGGCUGGUAUGAAGAUGAGAUAUUUCAUGUCAAUGCUUUUGGAUUUCCCCCUACAGAACCUUCUAUUACAACUAGGGCAUAUUAUGGAAACACGAACUUCUUUGGAGGGCCUUCUUCAACCUCCGUAAAAUCUUCUGCGAAACUGAAACAGCUGGAGGAAGAAAAUGAGGAUGCCAUGUUUGUGUUCCUUUCAGAUGUUUGGUUGGAUCAAGCAGAAGUUUUGGAGAAGCUUCGCAUUAUGUUUUCAGGUUACUCCUCCAUGCCUCCAACUUGCUUCUUCUUCUGUGGGAACUUUUCCUCUGCUCCAUAUGGAAAAAAUCAAAUCCAGUCACUGAAAGGUUCAUUGAAAGCCCUUGCAGACAUAAUAUGCGAAUAUCCCAGUAUCCAUAAGAGCAGUCGAUUUGUAUUUGUUCCCGGCUCUGAAGAUCCUGGCCCAGGCUCCAUUUUGCCAAGGCCACCGCUUACUGAAAACAUUACAGAGGAGUUCCAACAGCAGGUGCCAUUGUCAGUCUUCACUACAAAUCCUUGCAGGGUCCAGUACUGCACUCAGGAAAUAAUAAUCUUCAGAGAAGACUUGGUAAACAAGAUGUGCCGGAAUUGUGUCCGAUUUCCUAGUAGCAGUUUGGAUAUUCCUAAUCAGUUUGUAAAGACAAUUUUAUCACAAGGGCAUCUGACUCCAUUGCCCCUUAAUGUUAGCCCUGUCUACUGGGCCUAUGACUACACCUUGAGAACAUACCCUCUGCCAGAUCUCAUUGUCUUUGCCGACAAAUAUGACCCGUUCACCGUGACCAACACCGAUUGCCUCUGCAUAAAUCCUGGAUCUUUCCCAAGAAGUGGCUUUUCAUUCAAAGUAUUCUACCCCUCUAACAAAACAGUAGAGGACAGCAAACUCCAGGGUCUUUGACUCUCAGUCAUGAACAGCAAAUCAAAUAUUCUGAGCUUAAUACUACGGAAGCACUACUUCUAGGAUCAUGGAUUUUUAUUGUAUGCUAGAACUAAUACAGAACUUCUUGUAAAUAAACUUUCAAAUAAUUAAUAGAAUAAGGUUGUUGUUGCAUAUGUGUAUUCAGGCAAGCCUUUGGGGUGGGUUAGAUUUUAUCAUUAUCGCUUUUAGAUUUUAAUGUUAUUGUAUUGGUGUGUCAUUUUGUUCAUUUUGUACGUCGCCCAGAGUGGCUGGAUGGCCAGCCAGAUGAGCGACUAAGAAAUCCAAUAAAUUAAAUUAAAUUAAUUAAGUCUCACAGCUUUACUUGAAACAGAAAUGGUACAAUAGCCCAACACUUUUCCCCCAAAAGAACUUUAAUCAGACAAAAAAAGUCAAUAUUCUUCACUCUAAGUCCUGUCAUGAGAAAUGUGUCCUUUGCUUGCUGCUACCAUACCAGUUCAGCUAGUUUUGGAAAAAUGGUGG